ACAAGUAGUCGUCACAUGCCCUUGCAUAUACUGUCUCGAAUCUGAACAGUCUUCCCAGUUUAUCUGAUAAAUUUUGAGCUCAUGUUUAAAACUCGAUCAAGCAUAUAACGAUGUCCGAUAAAAACUUAGCUGCUUUCAACGCAUUUCGACGCGACCUGGCCCGCAUAAAAAAGACGUUCAGCAUGUAUACACAAACCGAUUUCACGCAAGAGGUUGGGACAAGCACUGAUUGGCAGAACGACCCCCACUAAAUAGGUGGCCCGAAGAAUUCGGAUAAAGACCCAAAAUGCUACUGCUCGAGCGAGAGGAACAAUGAUCCAAGCGAAGGGACGAAGGAAGUCAGCACCAUCGGCAGUGGCCAUAUCCCUCUGGCCAUAUCUCGGGGUCCCGAGAUGUCUGAUGAGCUUUGGACCAGCAUCCACGAAUUUCCUGCAAGAGAUCCAUGUGCCCAUCGUCCCGAUAGCCACUACGUUGCUGAUCGGGGCAGUACGCGAGGAUCUGCGCCACCUGCUCAAACACAAGAUGCGUCUUAUCCGUCGCUCGAUGGCUGGCGGCAAUGCAGAAGUCAUCUAUAUAAUCGCCUACCACUGCAUGUAGGUUGAGUCGAGUUUCAAUAGACAUUCCAAAUUCCCAAUGCUA